AUGAAGACACCAGCUAUCCAAGGUCUGAUCGAGAAACUUGUCCCCAAACCUCUGGCAAGCAGGGUUCGGGGAGAGAAGAAGGAGGACUCGAAAGUGGGAAGCCACAGGAGUGGGAUCAAAAGCCAGCAAGCUUUCGGAGACUUUUUCGUUCGUGAAGAUCGCUCGACCGGUAUCAGGCCCGAGAGGCCAUCCAAAUACACUAGUUACACCGUCUCGGAAGGUUUCCAACGCGAGACCGAGAAGGUUUACAUUGCCAAGUUGCUCAGAUCUGCCACUUGGAAACUGGACACCAGGCUCAUUCCUAUCAUGGCACUCUUCUAUUUCUUGAGCGAACUAGGGCGCUUAAGCAUCAAUAACAUACGCUCGAUAGGCCUUCAAUCGGAUUUGCGAACUGAUGAUUCCCAAUAUACACUCUCGCUCAUUGUUACCUUAAUUCCUUUAAUUCUUGUUGAAAUUCCAUCAAACUUCAUCAUGCGCCGGGUAGGCGCCCGAUUUUUUUUCCCUGCGAUCCUUACCGUUUCGGGAUUGAUAAUUUUUUCUCAUGGAUUUUUGUCAAACUAUGUCGGACUUUUGGCGGCUAGAUUCUUCGUGGGGUUAGUCAAUGGCGGACUUUUUCCAGGCUUCUUGCUAUACCUAUCGUCCUUCUAUACACGAGCGGAGCUUCAGUGGAGAAUGGCGCUAUUUUAUUCCACUGGCUGCAUGGCAGGCGGUCUUUCGGGCUCGUUAGCUUACGCUUUCACCCGUCUGGACGGUGCUCUGGGACUUGCAGGCUGGGCUUGGGUAUUUUUAAUCGAGGGUAUUUUGACCAUGUUGGGCGGCAGUGUUGGAUUUUUGUUUUUCCCUUCCUCGCCUGAGGGUGCAGGGUUUUUGACAGCAGACGAAAAGAGGGCUGUCUCUGAGAGAUUGAAUGGGGAUCGUAGUCCGGUGGCAGAGGGUUGUUUGUUGGAUGCGAAGCCAUUCAGGUCUUCAGGCUUUCAAAUCUGUCAAGCUCUGCGAAGUCCUCACGUAGCCCUAUGCUGCCUGGCGUUCUUCUUCGCUGGGACCAACGUGACCAGUCUCAUGCAUUUUCAAUCAAGCAUAUUGAAUUCCCUCGGACAUGGAUCAUCGGCCUCACAGAUGUUAUCGAUUCCUCCCUACGGUAUAGCAGUCCUCACGAUUUUGCUUUCGUCCUAUCUAUCGGACAGAUACCAUUCUCGGGCUAUGGCUUCAGUAGUAUCCGGAGGUGUCUCGGCGGUUGGGUAUUCGAUCCUCUACAUCUCAGAUGACAGCAGCCUCAAGUACGGCUCGAUGUUCUUGAUCAUCAUUGGAUCCUACGGAGUCAUUCCAUGUCUGGCAGCAUGGAUGAGCAACAACAGCGAGCCGUACGCUCGGAAGGCUACCAGUUUGGCUCUAGGACCAAUUGUGGCAAAUCUUGGCGGAUUAAUCGGUACACUGCUCUUUCCAAACUCAGACCAGUCGAAUUUCUCCGUUGCCAUCAUGGUGAACAUUGUCUUUGCGAUGCUUCUGAUCCUGACCUGUCUGGCAAACCUGGGGUACUUGACAUACGUAGAAACCGUGAAGGUCCAUCGACGCGACGAAGUCCUCCAGCACUAUGCACUCAAUGAUCUGACGGUUGAUCCGAGUGUCCAAGAGCUUUUGUACCUCAACGGCUGGGAGUAUCUUGGUGACCGACACCCAGACUUUAAAUACUCCUUUUAA